GGAGAAGACAAGGACAGAGAACAUCUACAUCAAAGGAGACGUCACUGGAUAUAAGAGACUCUGUAAAAUGGUGGAAUUAAUCAGGACGCUGGUGGAUCAUAAAGACGAUGUAAACAGCUGUUCGUUCUCGGACUCUCUCCUUGCCACGUGUUCCUUGGAUAAAACUAUCCGGGUUUAUUCCCUAAAGGACUUUACAGAGGCAUUGUUUUCGCCGCUGCGAGGACACACCUAUGCCGUGCAUUGCUGCUGCUUUUCCCCGAAUCAAACCGUCCUGGCUUCGUGUUCGACAGACGGUAAAACCAUUCUCUGGAAUAUGUGCGACGGGCAGAUUUUGGCAUCUUUGGAGCAGCCGAGCGGCAGCCCUGUCAGGGUCUGCAGGUUUUCACCAAGCUCCAUGUAUUUGGCUUCAGGGGCUGCGGACGGCUCCGUGGUCUUAUGGAACGUCCCGCUGUUGAGGUUUCACAGGUCAGGCCUGGUGAAGGACGGCUCUCUCGUGGCUUGUGCCUACUCCCCUGGUGGAAAUUUUUUUAUCACGGGCUCCUCAUGUGGGGACUUGACAGCUUGGGAUGAGAACAUGCGCUGUCUGUACAGUGACAAGGCUCACGAUCUGGGAGUAACAUGCUGCGACUUCUCUGCACGACCAGUAACCGAUACAUUACGUGGCAUUGAGUGCUUUCAGAUGGCGUCUUGUGGUCAAGAUAACGUAAUCAGAAUCUGGUUGAUAUCUUAUGGGGAUGAGAAAGGUUUUGACAUGAGAUGCAAAUUAACACUUAGUGGACAUUCGGCCCCCGUCCUGUCCUGCGCACUCUCCAGUGAUGGGGAAACCGUUGUCUCCGGGUCUGUGGACAAAUCUGUUAUUAUUCAAGGAGCAAGAACUGGCUGCAUUCUGCAUAUCCUAAAUCAUCACAAACGAUAUGUAACUGCCUGCGCACUAGCUCCAAACCAACCUCUUCUAGCCACAGGUUCUAUGGAUAAGACCGUAACUAUCUGGAAACUGGGACAAACAAGUGAUUUACCAGCUGCCAGAAUGAAGAGGAAAACAGAGUUUUAUGUAGAAUCCUGGACAGAGGACGAUGUCAAGACGUGGCUUGCCAAUGAGAGCCUGGCAGAGGUAGAACAGCAUUUCAGUACAAACAACAUUGAUGGUAAAGAAUUACUCGGCCUCACCAAGGACAUCCUGCUCCAGGAUCUCAAGAUCGAAUCCUUGGGGCUGAGAAAUAGGAUUUUGAGGAAAAUUGAAGACUUGAAAAGCAAAAUGAAAGAAGCACCUUCUAACAUCCCAGAGGAAUUUCUCUGCCCCAUCACAUGUGAUAUUAUGAAGGAUCCGGUCAUUGCAUCAGAUGGCUAUUCCUAUGAGAGAAAAGCCAUUGAGAGCUGGAUCGGUACGAAGAGGACAAGUCCCAUGACCAAUCUUCCUUUAGAGAACCUUCUCCUCACACCCAACAGGACAUUAAAAAUGGCACUGAACCGCUGGUUAGACACCAGGCCAGAGGGAAAAAACUAUUAUAUUACAUCCUGAAAUUAGCUUACUGAAAAUCCACAACAAAGAAGUCAUGUCUGUACCUGGUUUUAUGAGACACACGGAAGCUGCAAGUACAUAUUUUAUUGGGCAAGAGUAAUUGCAUGAUUGAGAUAGUUACUGGGGACAGGGACUGAUGUGAUUAAAAUCUCUCUGCUGCAAUGUGGAGAUGUUGUGCAGGUGACCACUGACCAUCCCUGUGAAUUACGGUGUUAUCUUGUAUGUAUAUAAUAUUGAUCAGUAAUAUAGAACAAUUAGCGAGCUUGUGUUUUAAGUUCGGCAUAUCGAAGAAUCCCGUUAUGGA